AAAAACUAGAAUCAGGUUCUACGCUGAUUUCCUCCCAAUUUUUUUAAAAAAAGAAUAUGAGGAAAGAGUCCAUUGAAUUUCAAUAAAUUUGCCACGUCACUAUCCAAAAGCCUGUAGUCCACGCGAACGCCACCAGCCCGUAUAUAAUGCCCCUCUACUCUGUUAGCAGCCAUUGCCAAGAAAGAGUGAAUUAUUAAGGAAGAAAAAAAAAAAAAGAUGCAAUCUUUGCAGGAAAAGGCAUCAGAAUGGAGUGGAGUUGACCAAAAUGAUGCAUUUGCUAUUGAUGAAACCAAUCUCUUUGAAAAGCUUGGACUUCAGACUUUCAUCAAUCUCUCUACCAAUUUCUAUAACAGGGUGUAUGAUGAUGAGGAAGAGUGGUUUCGGUCAAUUUUCUCUAAUUCAAGUAAAGAGGAUGCCAUUAGGAAUCAAUAUGAGUUCUUUGUACAGAGAAUGGGAGGGCCUCCUUUGUUCUCACAGAGGAGAGGUCAUCCGGCAUUGAUUGGACGCCACCGCCCAUUUCCAGUCACACAUAAGGCUGCAGAGAGAUGGUUACAACAUAUGCAACAUGCACUAGACAGUGUUACAGACAUUGAUGAAGAUUCCAAAAUUAAAAUGAUGAACUUUUUCAGGCACACUGCAUUCUUUCUGGUAGCUGGAGAUGAGUUAAAGAAUCCAAACCAGGGUGUUGCAUGUAAGCAUGCUGCCAAUAAGCCAGCUGCAGAAUAAACUUUAACAACAAUUGAUCAUAGAAAUAAUGAUGACGUAUGGUGAUUAUUGACUUAUGAUCAUUCGAUUAAUCAAAAUAGAAUCCAUAUUCUCAAUUAUGCUGUCAUUAAUACAAUUGCCCCAAGGAGAAAGUUUAUAGAUACGCGA